CUCCUCUUCAAUCGCUCCCUCGUUUCCUCCCUCGCUCCCUCCCUCCCUCGUCCCCACCAGUGUUCAACCGGGGCGAGGGGCGGCGGCCAUGGUACUGCCUCCGGGCCUGGAACGUGUCCGAAGAUGGACCCGGAAGAGCUGGAAUGGCUCUACGUGGACCGCAGUGGCGCGGAGUUCGGGCCGUUCCCCACCGGGAAGAUGCGGGCAUGGUUUGCUCACGGCUUCUUCCCGAUCGGGAAAGACCUGCUGGUGCGCAUGACGCACUGGCCGGCCACCACGCGUGUCCCCGUGCGUGAUCUGUACCCCGACCCGGAGCCCCUCGCGGACGUCGUCGUCCCGCCAGCGCUUCGGCCGCGCAACCUGGGGACCAGCCUGC